AUGCCUACAAAGGUGACCAUGCCCACAAGGGCACAGGUUAUUCGGGCACGCAAGACGUUGCUCACGCCCCAAACGGCUCUUGUGGGUGCAGUGGUAGGCGGAGCCGUGAUGGGUGGCGCCAUCAUGAGUCUACCCUGGGAGGAUGAGGUGGUGUACGGCAUGGAUCGAGAUACGACACUUUUGGAGCAUUUGCAACCCAUUUCGAACGAAAAAUAUUUACGAAGCACCGUUUACUUCGACUCGCAUGGUGUCCGGUGUGAGGCAUGGUUUUACGAGCCAAGCGCCCAAACGCGUCGCAACAUGGACCUUGGAAGUUUUUACUUGACGUUCGGCAGUUACACAUCUCAAGUACCUAGCGCCCCCCCGGUAGUGGUCAUGGCUCACGGCUUGGGGAGCCAGAAGGACAUGGGACUGCACCCUUACGCGGAGCAGUUCGCCGCGUCAGGCCUGGCAGUGCUGGUGUUCGACUAUCGCAGCUUUGGGGGAAGUGACGGCUGGCCCCGUCACGAGGUCAAUUGGCGGAAACACUUGGAGGAUUGGGAGGCGGCUGUGGAGUGGGUUCGUGCGGGGGGCCUGGGCACGAACCGCGUAGAUGCGUCGAGACUUGCGCUGUGGGGUGUGUCGUACAGCGGCGGGCACGUGUUAUGUACGGCAGCGUCGCUGGGCCCGGAUCGCGUCAAGGUGGUUGUGGCCAACGAACCAUACCUGCAGGCCCAGCGAGCGGUGGCCAAGCUGGUACAGGUUCGUGGGUUACUGGGCCUGCCACCGGCUUAUAUCAAGCUGAUCGGCGGGCAGGGGGAGUUGGCGUUACUGCAGUUGAGCGAAGAGGAGAUGGCUCAGGUGCAACGGCCGGCUCCUGUACGGCAGGGCGGCUGGAGGAACCUGGCGACUGCGCGAAUGAAGCCGCCCAUGGAGACCUUCCCUCCCUUCUCCCCCCCCCGCAUUUUCCCCCCGAUUUACCCCCAAUAUACUUGUCGUACAACCCAAACCCGCAGCCCCAUAACGGUUGUGGAUCAGAUCUGUGUGCCUGUACUGGUGGUUGCUGGAACUAAGGACGACAUUUGCCCCGUGAGCCUGGCGCGGGAUGCAGUGACGAGGAUAGGCCCGCAGGCUCGCCUCAUUGAGCGGCCUCACGCGCACAUCGAGCUGCACCGUCACGGGGCAGAACCCGAGUACAUCAGGCCUCUGCCGCCUCCGCAGCCCCAGCCGGUCCAACGCCCCGUAGCGGCGCUGGCAAUGCUGGCAGCCCACAACCGCGACGACCAUGUAAUCACUGGAAGCGGCAACGGCCGCAACGGCGGCGCUACCGUUGUCGGCAAUUUUACGCGAGUUAUGGAACUUACACGCAGUUUGUCUCGCAGAGGCCCGCUGCUGGUCCGCAAGGUCAUGCGCGGCAAUGGCGGCGGCAGCGGUGACGGCGGUGGCGGCGUCAGGGAGCAGCGCGUAGAGGAGGCGGUGGUGGCGCCGCCGCCGCCGCCAGCACCGCCCACGACUUCCAUCUUCACAACAAAUGCUGCGCUCGCAGGCGGCGGCUGUGGCGGUGACGGCGGCGCGCGUAGCGUCGCCGUAUCACCGGCGGAUGCCGUGACGGAGGCGGGAUGUGGAGGCGCGGAGGCCGACGCUUUUCCGCCGCAACAAGAUGGAGUCCGCGGCGAGGCGGCGGCGGCAGCGGCGGCGGCGGCGGCGGUGAAUGGCGCUGCCGCCGCCGACCUGGUCCUUGCUGCCGGUGCCGCCGGUGCCGCCGGUGCGGGCGGGUGUCGGGAUGGUGCGGCCCCGCUGAUUCCUGCGUACCGCAGCGCACCCAUCGCCUCUAUGUACAACAAUCGUUCAAAACUGCCGUACAUGGCGUCGCGCCACAUGUCCCAGCACCAGCCCUUACCGCACGCGCACCCGCACUUGUGGACGCAACUAGAUCUCGCCGCGCUUUCCCGGGAGAUCACCGGGCUGCGGUGGAUCGGUCAAGGGGGGGGAGGGGCGGUGUUUCAGGCCGUGUGGCAGGGGGCGCAAGUGGCGGUGAAGUUCCUCUUAAAGGACUCAGAGAAAUCGGAGGAGCGGGAUGCGGUCAACGCAAUCCUGCCGGGGGCAGGCGGAGGAGGAGUUGGAGUUGGCGGCGGCGGCGGCGGCAUUGACGGCAUUGACGGCAUUGACUUUUUAGAGUUGGAGGGAGUCGUGAGCAGUGUGGUGAAUCACCCCAAUGUCGUACACACCUUUGCGUUUCAUUUCGCUCGCCUCACUGAGGCGGUCUUUGCGGCGGAUCCCGACAACGACGUCGACAGGCUCGACAGCAUGAUGGAUGAGCAGGGAAAUCGGGACUUGUUCGAGUCCUUGCUCGACACUGCCAAUCUGUACGGCGAUGGCGGCGGCAACAUCAAUGCAGCGUACGGCAACUUGUCUGGCAGCGGCGGCGGCAGGCGCCGCGCCAACCCAGGCGCCGCCGGCAACCCUGCCAUUGCUGCCCCCUCCACACACGGCACUGCGGACGGGGUUACUCCGGGACCUGGUGCCCGUGGGCUCUCGCGCUUCAGUAGCACAGUGCAGGACGCGGGCGCCGCCGCCGCCGCCGCCGCCACCAGGUCUACUGCUACGGUAGCUACAACCCGCUGCGGCGCCAAUGACGACAGCGGUGGUGCUGGCAGCGAUAAGAAGGCCGGGGACGCCGGGUUGGCGGCGCCGCUAGCUGCUCAGGGGAUGGCUGUACGGCAGGGCGGCGGCUGGGAUGGCUCCGCCGCCGCCGCCGCCGCUGGAACCGCUGCUGGUGGGGGGGAUGCCGCUAAGGAUGAAUGUAGCAGCGGCGGUGGCAGAGGUGGCGGAGGCGGCGGCGGGUACGGCAGCGGUGACGGCAGCCCUGCCGGUGGUGAGGGGCGCCGCCAGGCCACAUCGGACGCGGCACGGCUCCGUACGCAGGCUACCGUACGGAAUGCUGUACAUGCGCAGAUUCUGCAACAGCAGCAACAGCGGCAGAUGGUGGUUCUGGAGUCCACGUUCCAUUCUGACGAGCACCAGCACCAGCACCAGCACCACCAGCAGAAGGUGGACGAGGAGUACUGUGAUCGUGGGUCUCUGCUUUCGGCCAUCCGCCGCGGCAUCUUUCGGAUGGAAGAUCAGUACGGCAGUCACCAUGCCGGUCAUGCGGCGGAUGGCGGUGCCGUACAAGCACCCGCGUCAUCGUCAGCCGGGUCGUACUUCAAUGCGGCGCCAUCGCAAGGGGGAGCAGCGGCCGGGAGGUUUUCACGCCGUAUCGUUCUGCGAGCCAUACUUCGUACGGCACGCGACAUCGCGCAGGGCAUGUGCCACCUGCACUCCAACGGCAUCAUUCACGGAGAUCUCAAACCGGGAAAUGUGCUGCUCAGGGGAUGCAGGUCCGACAGGAGGGGUUUUGUGGCCAUGGUGGCGGAUUUCGGACUGAGCAAGGUAACACGCGGCGACAAACCGUUGGAGCUUAACCACUGGUCAACGGUGACGGUUAUGGCGCCGGAAGCUAUCAUGGGCCGCUGGCUCAAAGCCUCAGACGUCUUCUCGUUCGGUGUACUGCUCUGGCAGCUCGUCACCAGCGAACCCCUGCCGUACGGCAAGCUGACCGUACCGCAGAUCCUAAUGGGCGUUCUGCAGGGAACGCUGAAACCCGAGUGGCCCUCCUCCGCCCACCCCGCCCUUGUACGACUUGGGCGGGCAUGUCUGGCCACGAGCCCGGAGAAGAGACCCAGCUUUGAGGCGAUUGUCAAGGUCCUAACCAAGAUUGAGAAGCACAUGCGGAACGAGCUACGGGAGAUGGUGUCGUACAUUUGUACAGUCCAUGCUUACAUGGAAAUGCAAUUAGUGUAGGUGCACGCGGGUGUGUGUGAUCUUUCCGUGCAUUCGCAACAGUGACAUUUAAUAUAUUAUAAAUCAACAGAUGAUUAGAUAAACGUAAGUCAUUAUGUCGAGUCCC